UCUUGAGAAAAAUCUCGAAUUUUUAAACUUGAUUUUCUUAUUUAUUAUAAAAAAUAUUCAUCUUGUGAUUGUGAAUUGUGGUUAUUCAAGUUUCAGAGAAUGGAUGAUUGUGAAAAUGAGAACGAAAUUAAGCGAACUAAGGACCGCAGCCCGUCGCCUGCAAUAAAAUCGACAGCCGUGGUGAAAUACACGGCGUUUCACAGCCCUGUAGGCUAUGCCCGUCUGCAGUGCAACACCGAUCUCAACCUGCCCCCCUCCAACUGGGGGGCAGCUAUUGAUUCCUAUGGGUUAAAGCAGAUCUUGACCAGAGGGACUGGUUUGUCUAGUUUCAGAAUGGCACAUAUGUUCCCGGACUGUGUGGGCGAUGUGGACGUGAUAUCUGGUGCCGAAUGCAUCAAGAAGCUGCUUAAGUUGCCGUACCAACCUAAUGGAACUGUAAGCAUGAUGGUGCAUCGAGUUGAGAACACACUGCUUCUAGACGACUUCGAUGUUUACGACUACCUCAUGAAGUCGGAGUGGUCAUGGUUGAAGGAUUUCUUCUAUGAAAACAUCUUGAAGACUAUGUCGGAACAGGAGCGCAUGGCAUUGACCCCCUCGUCCCCCAGUUCGGUACUGCAACUGACACACAAGUUCCUGUCUCACAGCGUCACAGAACCAGCGCCCGUCAAACGUGACACUCCUGCGCAGCCCAUGUGUAUUGCUGGUCCUUUCCUGCCAGAACCAGAAGAGAAGGCAGAGGAACCCCCUAACGAGCAUCUUUACAACCGAAACGUUCUCUGGACAUUCGAAGACAUCCACAUGCUAAUCGGAAGCGACCUACCCAUAUUUGGGGAUAAAGAUAGACCGUGCGUCAGUCUCCGCCUACGAGACACCCGAGAACCCAUCAACGUCUUAACCGGAAUCGAUUAUUGGCUCGACAAUCUGAUGUGCAACGUCCCAGAAGUGUUAAUGUGCUACCACUUAGAUGGAAUAGUCCAGAAAUACGAACCAAUGAAGACAGAAGACUUACCGAACUUGGAAAAUUCCACAUUCUCUCCGAAAGUCAUAAGGAAUGUAGCUCAGAAUAUCCUGUCGUUUCUGAAGUCCAACGUCACCAAAGCCGGACAUACUUAUUGGCUGUUCAAAGGGCCUCAUGAUGAUGUGGUGAAGCUAUAUGACUUGACAUCUUUGUGUCCGGAUAGUUUGGACAAUCCGUUCACGACCCCAGUAGCAAUGUUGCUCUACAGAGUGGCUAGGAACAUGCGAAUAACUAACAGAUCUAAACAUGUCAGGCAGUUGUUGGAACACGUCAUAGAGCUGUUGAAGGUGGAGAGGUAUCCCCAAAUUGUGGCUUCGUCGCAUUAUAUGCUGGCGGAUUUGUAUGUGCCUGCAACAACUAAUCCUGCAUGUCCAGAUUUUAAAGACGAAAGCUCAGAUUCGGACGAGGAAGACGUGGAAUUCGCUGACACCACCUGUGAAAGUGACCACACAUCAACCUAUGCGAGUGACAAGGACAACAGUACAUCUCAGAGCUCCCCCGACAAAGACAGCACCAGUCAAAGCCCAGAGAAAGACUCGAAGGAGGAUAGUGAGAGUGACAAGGACGGAAAAUGCGAAGGGGGCGCGCUAGAGAAGGAUGGAAAGAUUGACGAUUCGGAGAAAGCUUUGGCGGUGCAGAUUCAAGGGCUGGCAUUGAACAAUAUUGGGGAUCGGAUCUCUACUGGGGGAGCGGACCCUAAACGCAAGUCCGGAGCAGGGAAGCCUUUAGGAGUGGAGGUACCGGAUCGAUGUGGACGCGCGCUGCAACACGCUCUCAAGGGGCUCCUGGCUCUACACAACGUUACUAUCGAUAAGUGUAAGGAAGAAGAGCGCGAGCGUCUGAAACAACAGAUCAUAAUCGAGGAGCAACACCCUAAAAUGGCGAACCCUUACGAACCGAUCAAGAUGGAGUAUGAACCCAUUGCAAAGAAAGGUGACCCUAAAGAGCACGUAUCGCGGAGCCGCCGGCGAAAACGCGAGAGAAAAGCUACGGAACAAUCUGGAAACUUCCUAAUAGAAACUCUGCAAAACGUCGAUAAAAACGCCAUUCUAAUACGCAAAGAAAAUAAGAAAUACCCCACGGUGCACGAACCACAUAGAGACGACAACUUUGCCUGGAAAUUGCACUUGAAAACUUUGCUGUAUGAGAAGAUUUGCCUAGCGUACGCUACAUUGGCUGAACACAGUUAUUCGCACGAACAGUACGGGUUUUCGCUGAAGUAUAUAGAGAUGGCGAGUAAAUGUCAGAAGUUGUUGAGCAAUAUGAUCAUUAAGAGUCGCGUGGUCGAUGCCAGCUGCCUUAUCGGGAGAGUUGGUGACAACUAUUUUCAAAUCAGUAAGCACUGGCACCGGCUGGAACAGUUCCGCAAGCAGUUCUCCACCGACCACGAGGUGGACAGUCGACUGCGGCUGGAGAUAUACAACGACCUGACUGAGGAGUUGGACGGACAUUUAAAGGGAGAAGAGUUUGAUCUGGACCUAAGCCUGCCAUCGAGCGAGAUCCAAGCGAUGCUGCUGUCCUGCUCCCACUACCAGCGCGCGGCGGCGGCCACACGAGACAAACGCAGCGAGCUGCAGCGCCGCCUCGCCUCCGUCACCAACGAGCUGGCCGUGCGGUACAUGAACGAUGCACAACAAAUCUACCUAAAAUACGUGGAAGAGCCAGACCCCAAGGACCCUAAGGCGAAGCUUCUUCUGAAACAGUUCACGACGAUGUCCCGUCGCUCGCUAGAGUGCUUGGACGAGGCGUCUGCUAUAUUCCAGCAAGUGAACGACGCGCCCAACCUGGCUCUCCUGUACUGCAACAAGGGACGAUACAUGCGCUUCAAGGCGCAUUGCUCGCAGGGGGACUUCAACGCAGAGAAACGCAGCCUAUACAACCAAGCGGAAGACCUUUAUCUGACUGCCCUCAAGAUACUCGGCCCUCGAGAGAGCUGCGGCGCCGCGUCCGUGUGGGACCUCGUGUCCUGGGAGCUGUCCUGCCACCUGUACACGCGAGCCGUGCUCAUGCAGGACUGCCCCGGACACUAUGUCAAUGAGGUGUCGGAGGUGGCAGAAGCGUUCAAGCACGCGUUGAAGUACUGCCUGCUCAGCCCGGGGCCCCGACAGUACCUGUACCAGUUCCGGGCCGCGAUGAUAUACCACCGCCUCGGGUCGCUCUACCACUCGCAGUAUAGGAUAACCCUCGAAGAGGGCCCGAAGCGGCGCACGCUGCUAAACGCAACCCGCAGCAACUACUCGCUGGCGGCCAACAUGUUCGCCCUGCUGGAGGACGCCGCCAUGUUCCUCACGGUGCAGCUGGAACAUGUCGCGGUACUCGAGACUCAGGCUAGCGUGUCACCCAACCUAAAACUGAAGUCGCUCCAAACGGCGAUCCAACUUCUACGCCAAAGCCAGUCCAUCAUGCAACUGAUCAAGGAGAGAGACCCAGAAGACCAGAAAGAGGCCCCCAAACCAGAGGACCAGGACGAAAAGACCAUGAAAACCGAGCACAGUCUUCUGUCACUUUACGAAAACCGGCUUCACUUCAUAUUGAAAAGUAUCAUUCAAUAUUGUAGAUCGAAAUCUAAUAAGGAUUACGAGAAAAUGACAGAUAUGUAUAAGAAAUUGUAUUGUGUUAGUUUAAGGAUAAGAAAAAAUGACGAUGUUAGACUGUAUGCAGCCAGCAUAUGUGACGUGUUAACUGGAAUGGACGAGGUGAGUAAGGAGUUUGAAUCUGUUUAGGUAACAACAUAAUUCUAUACAUAAUGCGAUCCAAUUAUUAAGCAACAAGUUUUUUAUAUAUGCUUCUGCCAUUACAUUGUAUUUUGGAAUAAUUUAUACCCGAGAAAUGAGAAAAUAGGUAAGGCUGCGUUUCCAUUGACGCGGAGCUGUGCGGAGAUGAGCGGAGAUGUGCAGGAAUCGAGCAAUCACCGUGAGGGAGAGAGUGACAGAGCGUCUUCGUUUUUCGCUCUCUCGAACGCUGUGAUUGGUCAAAUCCGCACAUCUCCGCUCUUCUCCGCCCAUCUCCGCGUCAGUCACGUUUAAACUAGACAACGCCAUCUAUAUUGUUUUUGGUGAACGCAGCUUGGAAAGUCCUUUAUUGUCUUAUCGUAAUUAUUGCACACAACAUACAAAACAAGUUAUACACAUAUGGACGAAAGAUACAGUACAAUCUGGCGGCCUUAUUGCUAAGCGGCAAUUUCUUCCAGGCAAAAUUUUAACAGAGGACUUAAAAAGCCUAAAUCUAUAAUUUACAUACAUAAACUCACGCCCGUAAUCCCUAAUGGGGUGGGCAGACCUACAAGUAAUCAAAGACAACUUGCAGCCACUGUUGAUACGAUGUCGUAAGCUGGAUAUGAUAAACCUUAUGGUGAUAAGGGAUCAGCCUAUCGCCCAUAACAUUAGUCCAUUAUGUGUAAUCAUGUCUAAUCUAAAAUUAAAAAAAAAUGUGUUACACGCGAAUGAAAUCAGCUAGUAUUCAUAUAAAUAGACAACUGGGUUAGACCAACCUUGAACUAACAAUGAAACCUUAGUACCUACGUACCAAAUUAAUUGUUUCGACUCUUCCGAUGACAGAUAAGUUCUCGGAAAUGUUUUGUAGAUUUUCCACAGAGGCGUUCACUACUUGGCCGGGCUACCUACUUGGCUCACUCACGUCGCUAAACAAUCGUUACAUGAGUCAUGUCAGGGGCCUUUGGCGGCUCAAUAAUAACCCUGACACCAGGGUUGAUGAGGUUGGUAAUUCACCUCACAACCCACACGAUAGAAGAAGCGCCAAUGUUUUUAAACCUAUUUUUUUUUAAUUCGUGUCACACAGAUCUCGUUGUAUUGAUAUAUCAUGGUUCAUGUAACGUCUACUUACUUACAUCAGUAAGUAGUAACCGGGACCAACGGCUUAACGUGCCUUCCGAAGCACGGAUCAUCUUACUUUUGGACAAUCAGGUGAUCAGCCUGUUAUGUCCUAAUCAAACUAGGGAUCAUAAAGUGAUUUUUGUGAUAUAUCCCCACCGUGAUUCAAACCCGGGACCUCCGGAUCGUGAGCCCAACGCUCAACCACUGGUCCAGUGGUCCCGGUUACUACUUACUGAUGUAAGUACGUAGUCGUCACAUGAGUCAUGUCAGGGGCCUAUGGCGGCUCAAUCAUAAUCCUGACACCAGGGUUGAUGGGGUUGGUAAUCCACCUCACAACCCACACGAUAGAAGUGGAGCUGUCAGGAUAAAUUAUUUUAUGUUGCUUAAUUCAAAAAGAUUUAUUUUUAUUUGCCUAACCAAGUAACAAGUUUCCUAUAUUGUCAGAUUUAAAAGCUUAAUUUGAUGUUAUGUAAAUUGAAGUGCCUAAUUUAACCAAAUUACUAGCAGUGGGCGUCGUACGGCUGAUGAUGAUGAUGACUAAGUUUAAACAACAUUGUAAUUAUGUAGGUGUGUACGAAAAUGAAUUAAAAAAAGACUGAUACGCUGAAAGUUGUAAAUAUUUAUUUGUAAGUUGUCGUUUUAAAUAAAAUGAGUUUCAGUAACAUA